GUGUGCCAAAGAGUGGAACAGAACACAGGACACAAAAGAGUUUCCUAUCCUCUGCCGUUUGUCCCUGUCGCUCUGAAACAGAAGCAAGACACCAUCAUCAUCAUCAUCCUUCAAUUUUCCAUGUGAAUAUCAAUGGCUGUUGUACCCACUCGGCAACUUCACCCUGCUGCAACAUUCUUCGAUUCAUUCCACACUUCUCACAGGUUCCACUCUCUCCGUUUCUUCAGGUACACUUCUUCAAUCCACUGCUGUGGUAACUUCACUUCCUGCAAAACCCGGAACUGGGUCUUGUGCCAUUCAUUCAGUGGUAGAAGACCCUCCACGAGUUCCACUUUUAUUGGUGUGAAGAAACCAAUAUUUCUGUGUAACUCGGCUAGGAGUUUCUGUAGUGAGAGCUGGUUGAGACGGUGGAAUGAACCCACCUGCAAACACAAUCGUCCGAAACCGCCGCGUGCGGUGUUAGAUUAUCAAGGUUCUGGAAAUGGGCAUGAGUCAAAAUAUGGUUUUGAAAGCUCAGAUGAAGAUGGUGAUGGUGGUAGUGGUGGUGGUGAUAAGAGUGGUGGUAGUACCAUGGAUAGGAUUGUUGAAAAAUUGAAGAAGUUUGGGUAUGUUGAUGGGAUUGAGGAGCAGAGUAGAACAAAAGAGAGAGUAAUUGAAAAAGGGUCCGUUGAGGAUAUAUUUUAUGUGGAGGAAGGAUUGUUGCCUAAUACAAGAGGUGGGUUUUCUCCAGAAUCUCCAUUUGGAAUUGGAAGUGUUGGAAGUGAUAAUAGGGUGGUGAGGUUUCCAUGGGAGAAGCCGAUGGAUAACGAGGUUGAAGAGACGAGGCCUCAAAGGAGAAAAAGUAAGACAUAUCUCGCCGAAUUGACUCUUCCUGAGCCAGAAUUGAGGAGGUUGCUGAGGUUGACUUUUCAGAAGAAGCAUAAGACGAGAGUUGGGAGUAGCGGAGUUACUCAAGCCGUUGUAGACAGGAUUCAUGAGAAGUGGAGGACAUCAGAGAUUGUGAGGCUAAAGUUUGAAGGUCAGGCCGCGCUUAACAUGAAGAGGAUGCAUGAGAUACUGGAGAGAAAAACUGGUGGUCUGGUGAUUUGGAGAUCAGGCAACUCUGUUUCCUUAUACAGGGGUGUGACCUACGAGGAUCCUUCAUUGCAGCAGAAUAAAAGGAUAUAUAGGAAAAGCGAGAACUCAUCUAAGUUUUUAUCACCACCUUCUGAUAAACUGAUAUAUAGGAAGAGUGAGAACUCAUCUAAGCUAUUAUCACCACCUUCUGAUAAACAGAUAUAUAGGAAGAGUGAGAGCUCAUCUAAGCUUUUAUCAACUCCUUCUGAAACUUCAGCAUUGAAGCUUUCUGAUGUUGCUUCUUAUUCUGAGGCAAAUACACCGAUGGAGAAGUUGGAAUCUACAAAUGAUCAGAAAGAAAAAGAUUAUGUGCCAAAAGUCAACUAUGAAGAUGAAGUAGACAAAUUAUUGGAUGGUCUAGGUCCGCGAUACACAGAUUGGCCUGGAUGUGAGCCAUUGCCCGUUGAUGCGGAUAUGCUUCCUGCAACUGUUCCUGGUUACCAACCUCCUUUUAGAGUUCUUCCUUUCGGAGUGAGAGCGUCACUUGGUUUAAAGGAGGCAACUGCUCUGAAAAGGAUUGCUAGGGGACUUCCUCCACAUUUUGCAUUAGGUAGAAGCAGGCAGCUUCAAGGUUUAGCUGUAGCCAUGAUUAAAUUGUGGGAAGAAAGUUCUAUUGCAAAGAUAGCACUCAAACGUGGUGUGCAGCUAACUACCAGUGAGAGAAUGGCAGAAGAGAUCAAGAAAUUGACAGGUGGUACACUACUGUCCAGAAAUAAAGACUUCUUGGUCUUUUUUAGAGGAAAGAAUUUUUUAUCAGCAGAUGUUACUCAAGCCUUGCUGGAGAGGGAAAGAAUCGCAAAAGCAAUGGAGGAUGAGGAGGAGCAAGCAAGAUUGAGAGCGUCAUCAUUGCUCAUACCAGCUAUUAAUACAUCACAGCUAUCAGCAGGGGCUGGGACUCUUGGUGAAACUUUGGAUGCAGAUGCAAAAUGGGGAAAGACAUUGGACGAGCGUCACAAGCAAAAAGUUAUGAUAGAAGUAGAACAACUACGGCAUGCCAAUAUUGUUAGAAAGUUAGAACAGAAGCUUUCCUUAGCUGAAAGAAAGAUAAUGAGAGCUGAAAAGGCCUUAAUGAAGGUGGAGGAGUCUCUGAAGCCAUCAGAUUACAAGGCAGACCCUGAAAGCAUAACUGAUGAAGAGAGAUUUAUGUUUCGCAAAUUAGGACUGCGGAUGAAAGCUUUCUUACUUCUUGGUAGACGUGGGGUUUUUGAUGGUACUAUUGAGAACAUGCACUUGCACUGGAAGUACCGGGAACUGGUCAAGAUACUUGUAAAGGCCAAAACCUUUGAACAAGUUAAAAAAGUUGCACUGGCACUCGAAGCCGAGAGUGGUGGUGUUCUGGUUUCAGUUGACAAAGUUUCAAAAGGAUACUCUAUAAUUGUUUAUCGAGGAAAGGAUUAUCGGCGUCCUUCAACAUUGAGACCAAAGAAUCUCUUGACGAAGAGAAAGGCUCUAGCACGUUCAAUUGAGCUCCAACGACAUGAGGCACUCAUGACUCAUAUUUCAACUUUGCAAAAAAAAGUGGUGAAGAUCAGCACUGAAAUAGCACAAAUGGAGAAGGUUAAGGACGAUGGAGAUGAAGCAUUGUAUGACGUAUUAGAUUCUGCUUAUCCUUCUGAUGAUGAUAACUCUGAGGUGGAGGAUGGUGAGGAAGGAGAUGAGGUAUAUCUUGAGACCUAUAUUAGUGAAGAUGAUAGUGAAAUUGAAAGUGAAGAUGAUAGUGAUAUUGAAAGUGAAGAUGAUAGUGAUAUUGAAAGUGAAGUUGAAACUGAUGAUAUUUAUUCUUUAACCUGAGGAAUUUGUCUCAUGAAGUUGAAGAUCAAGGGUCCUGUGAUUUUGGGGAUUCCUGACGCAUGUGUGAAUCAUUAAUGGCACUCAAUAUUCAGGAAAAAUAUCAUAGCUCCUUCAGAUCAAACUCCCAAGAACUACAUCCUCAAUUCCAUUAGAUUAUCAUAGGGCAUGCAAUUGGACAUGAUCCUGAAUCUAAUUAGCUAUACAGCACUACUUACUGAAAGAUGUACAUACACUUGUCUGUAUGAAGUUCUCUAGAGUUGAAUAGUUGAGGCAUAGGACCGAUUUUAGCUUAUAGAGGAAAUAUCUGCUGAUUUUCAGCACUUUGGUUUGUUGGGUUUAUAUAACCUCCAUUCCAAAGCUAUUAAUGUUGUUACCACAAAGUUUAAGAAACUUUUCAUUUAUGUGAUGUAAAA